AACUUUUCCGAUAUAUUUGAUAAUAUUCACAUGGUAUCUUGUUCAAGAGCAUUACAAAGGUUAUUGCUAAGGCCGAUAUUUGGCUUAAUCCUGAUAUUUGUCAUUUUGACGACGGUGCUUCAUUAUUUUAUUGAACCAAAUGAAGAUCUACCUAUAACGACGGAAGAGCCAACUAUAACGACAGAAGAGCCAUGGACAAACAACGAUAUAUAUAACAUACCCACAUUUGAUUCUAAUACCGUUUGCGAUGGUGAAUGCAACGACAAUGAUGAAAAAUUCAUCACAUACUUACCACAUAGUCAAUUCAAUAAUCAACGCAUUGAAUUAGAAAAUGCCAUUCUUCUUGCAUACUACACUAACCGUACUCUCAUUGUACCUCCCCUUAUACUCGGACAUAUCAGCGCGUGGGCACCGUUCGAUAAGCUCUACGACUACCUAUCUUUAAAGCUACACAAGGACAAAUGUAGCUCGCGCGGUUCAAAUGCAAAGUCAACGGGGAUGCAUCGAAUACCACCUUGUGAUUCCUGGACUAAGCUUAAUUGGUAUGAAGUAUAUAAUCUGACGGCAAUCCAAAAGGAAGAACGCAUACGGAUGAUGUCAGCGCCAAGCUUUAAAGUUGAGUGGAUAAAGGAGACCCUGCAAAUAAAGGAUGAUGAUAUCAAAUACUUCAAAGGCGAUACCUUAUAUAACAUUAUGGUGUACGAUGAUCCCCAAAGCACCACUGCUCUUGGAAAAUAUCAACAACGUGCCGAUAUCUCAGACCUCAAGUCUCUUCCACAAAAACUCAUAUACUUCAACAGUUUGUUUGGUGGUUCCCGUGUUCUAACCGAACUCGAAGAACAUCAGCAACUUCGUCGUCGCAUAUUACGCCGCUUUGUUUUCAUCUACCCGAACGUCAUGUCCACUGCCAACAAGAUAGUUGCAAAAUUGGGUGGUGAGCGAUCCUACAUCGGCAUUCACGUUCGAGUGUCCGAUGGACCUUUCAAAAGGGGCGCUCAACAAAUAGUCGAGUCUAUUAUGAGAAAAUUAUCCGAUUUCAACUCGACCUCUGAUGAAGUGGGCCUGUUGCAAUCGAAGACAUGUCAGCACGACUUUGGUCCAAUUAACGAUAAGAUAAUCUACAUGGCAACAGACAUAGUUAAUUCAAGAGAGACGAAAGAGUAUGGAUUAUUAUACGAGAACUUCCCGUGUAUAAUGACACUAUCAGACUUUGAUCCGUUAUUGAAGGACUUAACUUCGGUAGUAAAUAAAUGGGAUAACAUGAACAUGUACAAAUUCCUUCUUCCAUUCGUCGAUUUGAUAGUGUCUGCAAAGGGAGGCAAUUUUAUUGGAACCAGUCAUA